AUGCGGACCCACCCUAAUUUGCAUAACCCCACCCAGCAUCGCAUGUCAAUCACGCAGCACCCCUUUGGCCACGCCCCUUCCGUCUCCUUCCCCGCCCCCUCCCCGCCCUCCCCCAGCCGCGCCUCGCGCCCGGCCGCUCCCGCGAUAUCUGCUCCCGGAAGUGACCUCAGCCGAGCCGGAAGCGGCGCAGCCGAGCCGGAAGCGGCGCAGCCGAGCCGGAAGCGGCACAGCCGAGCCGGAAGCGGCGCAGCCGAGCCGGAAGCGGGCGCUGAGGCGGAAGCGGACGCUGAGGCGGAAGCGGGCGCUGAGGCGGAAGCGGACGCUGAGGCGGAAGCGGGCGCGCUUUGCGUCGUCCCCUCGCGGCAGAACCAGAAGCUGCCUGCGGUGUUCAGAGUCAGACGAGAGGUGCCGGGGCAGACAGCAGCCGAGCACUCUCCAAUAGCCCCAGGGGGAUCCAAGCUGCCUUCACAACAUGGCUCCCAGGCAGCUGGAGGGGCUGCCCAGGCAGAUGCAAAGACAGGGCAGCAAGUGGCCCAGUCUGAGUCAAAUCCAGCUGAAAAGAGCAAGCAGAAUGGAGAGGUGGCAGACACCAGCCAGGGCAGCACAGGUGUGACUGGGACAGGCGGGCACACGGGGCAGGAGCCUCGAGACAGCGGCGCAGGUGGCAGCCAAGGCAACCAGAAUGGCAAUGGCCAGGGUGGCACUGGCCAGGGUGGCACUGGCCAGGGUGUCCAGAAUAGCGAUGGCCACAGUGACACUGAGAACAACCACAACCAGCAGGAUGGCACCAGCAGUGACGGUGCCAACCAGGGCGGCGAUGAUGCCAGCCAGGACAACCCAAACGCCUCUGCAGCUGAUGACAGCAGCAUCUUGGAGGAUGAAGAAAGCCUCGAUGAGGGUGAGGCUAAGGAUGGUGGUGAUGCCUCCUGGACCCAGCAGAGGGAGAAGAGCUUCCCUGGUGCCAGGGGGCAGUCAGAGAGCAGCCACUUCUUUGCCUACCUGGUGAGCACUGCCCUGGUGGUGGCCGCGCUCUACGUCGCCUACCACAACAAGCGCAAGAUCAUUGCCUUCGCUCUGGAGGGGAAGAGGUCCAGGAGCAGCCGGAGGCCCAAGGCCGGUGACUACCAGAGGCUGGACCAGAAGCUCUAGGUUCCCACCUUGGAUCUCCAGUGGGCUGUUGGUUGGCCUCCAGCUGCAUGGAGCAGGGCCCUGUGCUGCUGCCAGCUGUGGCUGUGCUGCUGCCAGCUGUGGCUGUGCUGCUGCCAGCUGUGGCUGUGCUGCUGCCAGCUGUGCUGUGCUGCUGCCAGCUGUGGCUGUGCUGCUGCCAGCUGUGCUGUGCUGCUGC